AUGGAUAAAUCAUGGAUCAAAGCAGAUAGGGAUUCGUUAGAAUAUGAAAUUGGGGUGGAGGAGUUUUUGGUAUAUGCGGAGGGGACUGCGAAAAACCCCAAGUUAAUUCCCUGUCCAUGUGCCCAUUGCGUUAAUUUUAAAAAACCGUCGGUAAACGUAAUUAGGGGCCAUCUGUAUGAAAAUGGUUUUAGUUUAGGCUAUGUUGAUUGGAUUUGGCAUGGUGAGAACUCUUCUAGGAGUUACAAGUCCUCUAUUGGUAGUACUUGUCCAGCCACGAACCCAUGCCCUGCAUCAGAGGCUGCUGAGAUAUGUGAAGCAGCAUAUAAUAAGGGUGAUUACGAUAGAGAAUCACAUGAUUUCAGACGGUUCGUGGCUGAUGCUCAACAACCUUUGUUUGAGGGAAGUGAGUCAACUAAGUUAGAGUCAAUGUUGAAAAUGCAUAACUGGAAGGCUAGGUUCGGCGUUAGUGAUAGUGCCUUUACAGAACUAUUAAGUACAAUUGGCUCUUUCCUUCCUAAAGAUCAUGUUCUGCCUAGUAGUACAUAUGAAGCGAAAAAGACUCUCUCCGACUUGGGACUCGAGUAUAUUAAAUUUCAUGCAUGUCCAAAUGACUGCAUAUUAUAUAGAGGUAUAUGUGAAGAAGCCUCUGAGUGUCCCAAGUGCCAUUUAUCUCGCUGGAAACUAAAAAAGGAUGGUAAAGUCAGAAUUAAUGUGCCUGCUAAAGUUAUGUGGUACUUCCCCAUCAUUCCUAGAUUUAAGAGAAUGUUUAAAUCUGAGUUUACUUCAGAGCUUCUGACUUGGCAUGCAAAAAGGCGAUCUGAAGAUGGUCUCAUGCGUCAUCCAGCAGAUUCUCCUUCUUGGAGAAAUGUAGAUUAUAGGUGGCCUGAGUUUGGUAGCGAGGCAAGAAAUUUACGCUUGGCAUUAGCUGCGGAUGGUAUAAACCCUCAUAAUAAUGGUCUGAACAAUAGGUAUAGUUGUUGGCCGGUUGUUCUAACAACAUAUAACCUUCCUCCGUGGUUAUGCAUGAAGCGAAAGUUUUUGAUGUUGACAAUAUUAGUAUCAGGCCCACACGAACCAGGUAAUAAUCUCGACGUCUAUUUACAACCACUAAUUGAUGAUUUGAAGAAGUUGUGGGAAGAAGGGGAACCAAAUGUAUAUGACGCAUAUACUAAAUCUGAUUUUACUUUAAAAGCAGUGCUGAUGUGGACAAUGAAUGAUUUCCCCGCAUAUGAAAAUUUGUCCGGCUGCAUCAAUAAGGGUUAUAUUGGUUGUCCAAUCUGUGGUGACCAAACUGCAGCUAAAUAUCUAAGUAACAGUCGAAAAAUGUGCUAUCAAGGUCAUCGUAGGUAUUUAGAUCGCCAUCACCCUUAUAGGAAGCAGAGGGUAGCUUUUAACGGGGAACAAGAGUUAGAGCAAGCUCCUGUGCCACUGACUGGAGAACAAGUGCUAGAGCAACAAAAAAAAAUUAAAUUUGAAUUUGGUCAGGUGAAGAAGAAGUCAAAGAAGGUUGAUUGUGCAUGGAAAAAGAAAUCAGUUUUUUUUGAGUUAGAGUAUUGGAAGUUUCAUCAUGUGCGGCACUGUCUCGAUGUUAUGCAUAUCGAGAAGAAUGUGUGUGAAAGUUUGCUAGGGACGAUACUAAAUCUGAAAUUUAAAACUAAAGAUAGUGUCGCUUCUCGUCUUGAUUUGCUUGAAAUGGGUUUAAGGACAGAUUUAGCUCCACAAAUAGGUGAUAAAAAGACUUACCUACCCCCUGCAUCUUAUACUUUGUCAAAGGCAGAAAAGAAAACCAUGUUAGAAUCAUUGGCAUUUAUGAAGCUUCCUUAUGGACAUGCGUCGAACAUAAAAAACUGUAUAAAAUUACCUGAAAUGAAGUUAUUUGGGUUGAAGUCUCAUGACUGUCAUAUUCUCCUACAACAGUUGCUUCCAGUAGCAAUUCGCUCGGUGCUUCCCAAGAAUGUUAGGGUAAGCAUAAUACGAUUGUGCUUUUUCUUCAAUUCUCUGUGUAGCAAAGUUGUCGAUGUAUCAAAACUGGAUAAACUGCAAUCUGAUGUGGUGUUGACGUUGUGCGAGCUAGAAAAAAUAUUCCCCCCUUCAUUCUUCGAUGUAAUGAUCCAUCUUACAGUGCACUUGGUUAGGGAAUUGCGUUUAUGUGUACCGGUUUUUUUUAGAUGGAUGUUUCCGUUUGAACGGUUCAAUAAAGUUUUAAAAAGUUAUGCAAGGAAUCGUUUUUAUCCAGAAGGUUGUAUAGCUGAAAGUUAUCUUGGAGAAGAAUCAAUAGAAUUUUGCAGUGAGUUUGUAAGACAGAGUUGCACGACUGCUGGUCUUCGACAGGAUGAGGAAAAGGUUUCAGGGCCAUUAUCUUCCGUGACUAUGAAAACAGUGGAAGAAAAGGAAAGGGAUGAGGCGCAUUUGCAUGUUCUUUUCAAUAAUGCUGAAGUUGAGCCAUACAUAAAGAUGCAUAAAGAGCAAUUAAAAAAGAUGUAUGGGAACAAAAAGAGUGCUCAGUGGCUAAUGGGGGAGCACAAUCGGCUGUUUGCUGAUUGGUUUGAAAAAAAGGUUAGUACUGAAAUGAUGCAAAAUGCUCAAGGCCGAGAUGACGCAAGGGCUGUUCAAAACAGCGGUGUGUCCGUAGUUGCCAAGACAGUCCUAGUCUCGAGUGCUAAAGAUUUAAACCCAAUUGAGAGUGAAAUGACGUAUUAUGGUAUAAUCGAAGAAAUAUGGGAACUAGAUUACCAUGCAUUCAAAGCACCAUUAUUUUUGUGUAAAUGGGCAGCAAAUGACAGAGGUAUUAAAGUUGAUGAGCUCGGCUUUACACUAGUGGACUUCACCAGACCAGGCCACAAAAAGGAUAAAUUUAUCUCUGUAGACCAAGUGAGCCAAGUGUUUUAUAUUCACGAUCCAAUCGAUACCAACUGGUCUGUGGUGCUUAAGUCGACGAAUCGAGACUACAAUGAAGUCUACCAUGAAGAUGGUCUGGGAGAUACUGUAUUAGAUGAACCCCCAUUUUGUUCCAAAAUCCCUGUGUGUGAUGUGUCUGAUGGUGAUGUUGGUAUUAGCAACCAAAGACUGAAUGUAGAAGGGAUUUGGUUACAUAAGUGA